AUGACAAAACUGGAAUUCAAAAGCGGUAAAACAGAAGGGAAUGCGCAGCAUCCCGAACAAGGUGAUAGGGAUUCCAGCGCGAGCUCCAACGACACCACCGGCAAGCAAGAGCCAGAAAAACGUCUCAAGGAUGUGCUUGCUGCAUUGGGAUUGGAUUCAGGGCGUGAUGACGCGGAACUGCACGUCGGAUUCAGCUGCAUCGGCAUGGACUGGGCAUUCCUGCUACGAGUUGCUAAUGCUCAGGCUAUCCUCUCUAUUUAUGGUGCAAUCAUCCAAAUUAAGCUGUCGAUAGCAUGCUUGACAAGUUCGAUGCUGCUGACGAAGUUCAAUUUCUAUCGCUUCACGUCAUCCGCAUGGGCAACCUAUCUGCUUUCAUGCGCUUACAUCGGAAUGAGAGCCGGCCGUUGGCAGAGUUAUCCACACGCGAUCGCUUACUGUGGCAUGUGCACAUUCCAGUCGUUGGUCUAUAUGUCCACAAUGUGCUGGCUCUUCUAUUCGGUAUAUGCGCUCAAUGCACACACGCACACCUAUGAUUUCAGUGAGAACCGUGCUAAUUUUCUGUUUCGAUUUGUUUUGGCAUUUUCAAUUAAACCAGAAAUACACAUCACAACAAAAUCGUGU